AUGGCGGAUGCUGGCAACGAGGCCGAGGGUCUGAGGCUGCUGGGCCUGCACGUGAGCCCCUUCGCGCUCCGCGCGCGCAUGGCGCUGAGCUUGAAGGGCCUGAGCUACGAGUACGUCGAGCAGGACCUGUUCCACAAGAGCGAGCUCCUCCUCGCCUCCAACCCCGUGCACAACAAGGUGCCCGUGCUCAUCCACGACGGCAGGCCCAUCUGCGAGUCGCUCGUCGUCGUGGAGUACGUCGACGAGGUCUGGCCCGCCACCGGCGCAGCCAUCCUCCCCGCCGAGCCCUACGGCCGCGCCACCGCGCGCUUCUGGGCGGCCUACAUCGACGACAAGCUGUUUCCGGCGUGGAUGGGCGUCAUGAAGGCGGCGACGGAGGAGGCGAGGGCGGAGAAGGUGAGGGAGACGCACGCCGCGGUCCUCAACCUGGAGAAGGCCUUCGCCGAGAUCAGCUCCAGCUCCAGCAACGGCGGCGGCAAUGGUGCGGCCUUCUUCGGCGGCGACUCUGUCGGGUACCUGGACCUCGCGCUCGGGUGCUCCCUGCCGUGGUUCGGGGCGCUGCGCGCCAUGUUCGGCGUCGAGGUCAUCGACGCCGCUCGGGCUCCGCUGCUGGCGGCGUGGGCCGAGCGGUUUGGGGAAACCGCGGUGGCCAAGGAGGUGCUGCCGGAGCCGGACGAGGCUGUGGCCUACGCCAAGAAGAUUCAGGCCUACCGGGCUUCUGCUUCUGCUAAAAAGUGA